AUGCCAGCAGUUCCGUGCUUGCCUUUGCAACAGCUUGGAAUUGCACAAUCGUUUGUCCCGCAAACUUUGCAAGCUAGCAGCAAUAGCAGUAGCAUCGAUUUGUCUUCAGCAUUCAUGCUGCAGAGCGCAGAUGAGGCUUCAUCGUCAGGCAACAGAAGGCGCUGUAGCAGAAGCAGUUUUACUCCUGGUACAGCUACUACGUUACCAUGCAUUCCAGAACAUUGGUGA